AUGGACAAUUUCGUAGAUGAUAUGACGAGUCGGGUGCCGAUUCGUUUCCAUACUAUGGUCAACCGGAGCAUGGAAUGUGUGAAUUUGUGGAUGCAGAUAAGUAGACUGGGAUCAUCGACACUGACUAGGAGUGACGAGGGCAGGCGUGGUGGCAAGUCAAUUGCAACCAAAGCAAUCGUCGACGCUGCUCUCAAGGAGUGCCCUCUCGUUGAGCACGUCCUUGUUCUCAGGCGCACAGGUGGUCAGGUAGCAUGGGUCGAUGGCAGGGACAAGUGGUGGCACGAGGAGACUGCCAAAGUUCCUAAUUACUGCCCACCCGAGAUUAUGUCCUCAGAAGACCCGCUCUUCAUUCUCUACACUUCCGGAUCUACAGGAAAACCCAAGGGUGUCGUUCAUACCACUGGCGGAUACCUCCUUUGCGCCGCCCUUACUGUAAAAUACGUUUUCGAUGUCCACCCAGACGACAAGUUCGCCUGCAUGGCUAAUAUCGGUUGGAUUACUGGCAAUACCUACAUCGUUUAUGGACCCCUCACAAAUGGAGUCAGCACUACCGUCUUUGAAUCAACUCCAGUAUACCCAACACCAUCUCGCUACUGGCAGACCGUCCAGAAACACCAGCUUACCCAGUUCUAUUCUGCUCCUACUGCCAGUCGUCUUCUUCGCAGACUCGGCUCUCAGCACGUGGAGAACCAUGAUCUCAGCCGUCUGCGUGUCCUCGGCUCUGUCGGCGAGCCUAUUAACCCCGAAGCCUGGAACUGGUACAACGAACAUGUUGGCAAGAAGCAGUGCGCUAUCGUUGAUACGUUCUGGCAAACUGAGACUGGAUCUAUCGUCGUUACCCCAUUCCCUGGUGCGAUUGAGACCAAGCCUGGUUCUGCAACAGUUCCCUUCUUUGCCUUGAUCAUGCACAGAGGUGUUGCUGAGACUGCAGUCAUCGGUACUGCUGACGAGUUGACGGGACAAGCCGUCUUCGCCUUCGUCACACUUAAACCGGAAUUCACAUACGACCACAAUGACGAAAGAAAAUGAAGCACAGCCACCUAUUUUGUACGUCCAUAUCCUCUUCUUCCACUUUCAUACCCUUACUCGUGGCGUGUAGCCCUCAGUUCCACCCGUCAUUCAGCGCAAAACCCAACAAACGAAAAACAGACGGUUGUCUGAAACAUCAUAGCUACAUGCCGAACCACGCCUGCAUCUGAUCUGCACCCUUUAGAGACGACACUGGAUCUCCCCGACUUACCUUCUCACAUCACUUUGCUAACUUGGUUGUGGUCCAGUUACGAUCAAAAG